AUGUGUUUAUAUUCUCUCCAUAGAUCCGGGUUAUCAAAUGGAACGGUCGUCAGAGUGAAAUCUAAAAAUGAGACGGUGUUGGACCAUGAAACCAAUACAGAGGAAAGCACUUCACUCUAUGCCUUAAUCGGGCUGGCAGUGGUGGCACCAAUCCUCCUGGUCGCACUGAUCUGUGUGUGUCGGCUGCAAAAGAGACAAGCUGGGGCCGCCAGAGUCAUCUACGAGGUUCCACACUUUGACUCUGAGACGCAGGACAUGGAGAAACACAGCACCGGGUCGAGCGGCUCCUCACAGUGGUGUCAGGUCCUGGUGUACGAGUCUGUGGACUACUUCCGGCACACGGAGGAGCCCUGCAGGAAGACCUGA